GGCCCUAGAAGGUUCCAGUGAUCUCCCUUAACUCCAGUCCAAACUCUAUCUAGGGGUAAAUCUAUAUGGCACCACCUUUCCACCACUAUCUCCCAGUGCCCACGGAUGAAAGUUAUAAGGGAGAUGGAAGACAGGGGCAGAAAUGCUGCCCUUUGUGGACAAAAAUAGUUUUGUUCUUAAUCGUAGUGAGUUUGUUUGGGCUUCUGAUCACCUUCAUGUUCAAGUACAAGGCCUGCUGUAAUAGCGACCAGGUGGAGAGGAAGUAUAACAAUGUCACCCAGACCAUGGCCGAUGAGGAGUCCCUGAAGAUCUGCAACCGCACUGUGGAAAACCUGAAGAUGGUGAAAACUCAGUGCAAGGAGCUUGAGGGAGUGAUCAAUAGAUUGAACUUGACGCUGCAGAACACUCAAGAAGAAGUGGACCAGCUGAAAAAAGAAAAUGAACACUUAAGAUCAAUCAAGUCCAAGGACAACUACGAGCUAGACUCGGGCAUCUCCAUGGGACCGGGCCAGCUCCUGCUCCUGCUCCUGCUGCUGGUCCUCAGGGCUCUGCUGCUCUGAGGUCCCCAGGAAACUGGCCAGUGAGGACAGUGCAUCCUGGAUGAUCCGGCUCGACUACGCUUUCUGCUUUGACGCCUUGGAUCCAGCCAGCUCUGGGCGGGUCUUGGGGGCAGCAUGGUUGGGGGGAGGUAUGGGUGGCAGUGCGUGGAGAGUGGGGUGUCUCUG